CGAACGGCGCGAUUCCCACCUGUUUUCCGCGACGCCGGCCGAUCAUGCCCGCCUUUCCCGCAAAGCUCGCUCGCUGUUUGGCGGCAGGCGCACAGUCACUUUGGCACUUCUGACAGCUCAAAAUCCCCAAGUGAAGUGCGCGGUUCUAACAGAACGCUUUUGAAAUCGAAUUUUAAGGGAAACUCAUCUUGUCGCGCGUGAAAAAUGGUGAAAACUGCAGCGGUGGGCAUUGACCUGGGCACCACGUACUCGUGCGUGGGCGUAUGGCAGGGUGGUAAGGUCGAGAUCAUUGCGAACGAUCAGGGGAAUCGAACCACCCCUAGUUAUGUGGCUUUUACUGAUUCGGAGAGAUUGAUAGGGGAUGCUGCCAAAAAUCAGGUAGCUAUGAACCCCAGCAACACCGUAUUUGACGCAAAAAGACUUAUUGGACGCAAAUUCGACGACCCAAAAAUUCAACAAGAUCUAAAACAUUGGCCUUUCAAGGUGAUAAACGAUAACGGCAAACCCAAAAUUCAAGUGGAAUUCAAAAGCGAGAAGAAGAGAUUCGCCCCGGAGGAAAUAAGUUCGAUGGUACUGACCAAAAUGAAGGAAACUGCAAGCGCAUUUUUAGGGAAUGACGUCAGAGAUGCCGUCAUCACCGUCCCUGCUUAUUUCAAUGAUUCGCAAAGACAAGCCACUAAAGAUGCUGGAACAAUAGCCGGUUUGAACGUAAUGCGUAUCAUCAACGAGCCCACGGCCGCUGCCUUAGCCUACGGCUUGGAUAAAAACCUCAAAGGUGAAAAGAAAGUCCUGAUUUUCGACCUUGGAGGGGGCACCUUCGAUGUAUCAAUCCUCGCGAUCGACGAAGGGUCACUUUUUGAGGUCAAGUCCACAGCUGGGGACACACAUCUCGGAGGGGAGGACUUUGAUAACAGAAUGGUCAACCAUUUUGCGGAAGAGUUCAAAAGGAAGUACAAGAAAGAUAUCACGCAGAACGCUAGGGCAUUGAGGAGGUUGAGAACGGCCGCGGAGAGGGCUAAGCGUACGCUGAGUUCCAGCACCGAGGCCUCGCUGGAGAUAGACGCUCUUUACGAAGGCAUAGACUUCUACACGAAAAUCUCUCGCGCCCGUUUUGAAGAACUGAACUCCGAUCUUUUCAAAAGCACCCUGCAACCUGUAGAAAAGGCCCUGAACGACGCAGGCUACUCAAAGUCGCAAAUCGACGAUGUGGUGCUUGUUGGCGGGUCUACGAGGAUCCCGAAGAUUCAGUCACUGUUGAAGAAUUACUUCAACGGGAAGAGUUUGAAUCUCAGCAUCAACCCGGACGAAGCGGUUGCGUAUGGGGCCGCCGUACAGGCAGCUAUACUCAGUGGAGAUACUAGCUCGAAGAUUCAGGAUGUGCUUUUGGUGGACGUGACCCCACUUUCUUUGGGCAUAGAGACAGCUGGUGGUGUCAUGGCCAAAAUAAUAGAAAGGAACGCCAGAAUACCAUGUCACCAAACUCAAACUUUUACUACAUAUUCUGACAACCAGCCUGCUGUUACCAUCCAAGUAUUUGAAGGAGAACGAGCUAUGACAAAGGACAACAAUCUCUUAGGUACCUUCGAUCUGUGUGGUAUCCCUCCAGCACCUAGGGGGAUCCCAAAGAUCGACGUCACAUUCGACUUGGAUGCCAACGGCAUUCUUAACGUUUCGGCUUUGGAAUCCAGCACCGGAAAAUCUAAGAACAUCACCAUCAAAAACGACAAAGGCCGCUUGUCCAAAAAUGACAUUGAAAGAAUGUUAGCGGAAGCAGAACGAUACAAGGAAGAGGACGAAAAACAGAAGGAAAGGGUCGCUAGCAAGAACGCGUUGGAGAGUUACGUUUUCAGUGUGAAGCAGGCCGUGGAAGAUUGCGGAAAUAGAUUGAGUUCUGGCGAUAAACAGAAAGUACAAAGAGAAUGCGAGAACUGCAUCAGAUGGCUGGAAUCAAAUCAGACGGCAGAAAAAGAAGAAUACGAUUAUAGAAUGAAGGAGAUUAAUAGAACGUGUGGACCCAUCAUGACGAAGUUACAUAGAGGCGGAAAUACAGGAGAUAAUGAUGGACCUACCAUCGAAGAAGUUGAUUAAAAAUCAAGCGCGAAAUAUUAUUCUGCCAUCUGUAAAAUCUUAAAGUUUCCAAAGCACAGACCCGUGUUUUAUUUAUUUUGUAAUAUGAAGAUUCUUAGAUCAAAUAACUGAAACAACAUUUAUAACGACAAGAUUAUGUCACGUCAUAUCUCCAAUAUUGCAAGGCGAAUGUUACACGACUAUUGUGGCUCAUCCGUCAAGUUUUGACGUCUACUGAAGCGAACAGCUGAUUAACAAGUGACAUCUUUGUAUUACUCUGUAUCGGUGGCAAUAAUGAAUCGGUAGCAAAACUAGUAAAAUUUGAUUGUAGCGUCUCUUUUGUAUGCAAAUUAAGUUUUUAGAUAAAAGAGUUGUUAGCAAGUACAAAAUGAAUCUGUAGCGUCGAAAAGCCCAAAAUAAUCUACAGCUAUGUCUAUGCUUUUUUAUGUAGUUAAAACAUUAAGGAAUCGUAACCUAUUCUAGACUAACCAGCCACCAAAGUAUCGACAGCCGCAUGAUCUUAAGCCCUAUCCUACUUUUUCCAACUGACGUUUUCCUUCAGCCACAGCAUAAGCGCAGUCGCACAGAAUUCAGAUUCGGAAUAGCCCAAAAAUUAAUCUUUUCUUGGUUAAAAAACAGUAUCUGUGAUUUUGACCGGAAAAUAUCCAAUUCUCCUGGGCUAUUCCGAAUAGGAAUUCUGUACGUGUAUGACCGCACUAUUAACGAAUCAAAAAUUAGUAGAUAUAGCCACGUGUACGAGGGUGGUCUGAAUAGUUUCCGACCACAAAGUGAAGAUGGCAGCACUCGUAAAUAAAAGCUAGUUUUGUUCAUCUGUUGGUAGUUAUUCACCAAUGUUUCAGCCAUUUUGAAUGUGGAUGUGCAGUUGUUAUGUAACAGUCGCUUAAGUGAAGUGAUGUGAGUGUUGAAAAUACAGUCCAAGCAGUGAACUGCAAAGGGGGAACCGGUUCCAAAAAAGCAAAAACUGAUUUUUCGGCUGGGAAAGUGAUUACGACUAUUUUUUGGGAUAGUCAUGGAGUUUUAAUAGAUUGUCUUCAAAAAAGGAAAAAAACAUUACAGGAGCAUACUAAGCAUCAUUACUUGACGAGCUGAAAGCAGAGGUCGUGGAAAAGCACACAUUUGCAGAAAAAGAAAAUCCUGCUUAACCAAACGCACGGUCUCAGACCUCAGCGGUUGCAAUGGCGAAAAUCCACGAAUUACGGUUUGAACUGUUUGACCAGCCACCUUACUCACCUGAUCUAGCCCCACGCGACUUAUUUUUGUUCCCUUAUCUUGCGCUCGGAGGACAGAGAUUUUCGUCAAAUGAAGAGGCAUUCACAUUCGUGAACAAUUAUUUUGCACAGAGAAACGCCGAGUAUUAUUUGGACGGUUUACAGAGAUGGAAGAAGUGUGUAGAGCUACAAAGAGACUAUGUUGAAAAAUAAAAAAAAUAUAUCACAGAAAGUGUCUUGUAUCUUUGUUAGGUCGAAAACGUUUCACAUCACCCUCGUACGUAGUUUGUUGGGUAAGGCACGCCUAUUUUCCUUUUCAUGCACAGUCGGUCUCAGCUGACAAAUGUCUUAUAUUUUAUAUUCAAACGUCAUUUGAUUUGUUUGCCGCUAACCUCAAAAAAUUCUUCUUUGGCAUUCUAGAAGCUUGUUGGUUGUUUUCGUCUUUUUCAUUGCAAUUUCUUUUGAAUCAACAUGGCAAUGUUUGGUGUUAUAGUCUCUGGACGUCUGGUCCAAACCGAAUUUACCCCCAUAAGUGAUAGGCAAUUUGUGACAACCAUACCAGAUGCUGAUAACAUCAAUCACAUUGUGGUGUUUCUAACGGGAGCAGUACCGUUUCCCGAAGGUACAGCUGGGCAAGUUUAUUUUAGUUGGCCAGACCCUAAUGCACCCCCAAACUGGCAACUGCUAGGCUAUAUAUCUAAUCAAAAGCCUUCUGUCAUAUUCAAAGUAUCUAGUCUCAAAAGAUUAGAAGAAAUGGGCGACUACUCAAAUAUGAUGUUCGGACAGAGCCAUAUAGUUCAUAAUGCACAAAUAGGAAUAUCGAUAGAGCCAAUUCAAAAUAUUCAAGAGGGGCCUCAACAAAAUAGUGCUGAACAACAUCUGAAUUUUGCUCAGAAGAUGCUGGAGAAUUUUAUGAAUUAUGUACUUAGCUACUCUGUAACCCAGGCUCAUAUGGUGCCUGAUCCCACUGCUACUUAUGUCCCUUUAUCAACUGUUCAGAAUUGGUAUACAAAUUUUGAAAGGAGACUGCAACAAAACCCAAACUUUUGGAAGUGAGAUUUAGUUCAAUGGCUAGGUUUUAGUUGAAUAUGAACAUCUGAUGCAUUGGCUUAAAGUCAAUAUUUACUUUUGAAGUAAAACUGCUAUUUUAAGCAUUUAUUUUAUAUUUGAGCCAAUUAACCUAUUCUUAGAUUUUACAUACAAUCAUAUUUGUCUAAAAAACUACUGUUAUGUAAUUACAAAUAUUAAGACUUACUACUUCUAUUGUAAUUUAUUAAAUUUCAUUUGAUGUGUGCUUUGUAGAAUUUUGAGUAGUCAUUUAAAGCAUUGAUUAAUAGAUCUUACCUGAUGAUCUCCAACCAAAUACUGUAUCCCUGUGCUUAAAAACAGAUCUGGAAAAAUCUAAGCACCAUCUCUGAGACAGUAGCAGAACACAAAUUUAGAAAUCGGCUUUCAAGAGUGGUUCUGCUACUGACUCAUUGAUGGAGCUAAGAUCUUAAAUUUCUUUUAGACACCUCACUAAUCCUAAAAAGAGCUAGGAUCUUGCAAACCUCUUGUUGGGCGCCAUAUACAGUAGAGGCAAAAGUUGUUUUCCCUUUGGGAUUCUCAUGUCUACAAGAGAGAGAGAAGCAGGGUAGAAAUAGUGCACCAUGAAAAUGCUCAGUGCCCAGCCCCACUUAUAUGGUGCACACUUUCAAACACUCCUCUCUAUUUCUUGCACACAUGGAGAUCCAAAAAGGAGCAUUCAAAGUCAUUUUCCAUGUUAACAGUUAAUUUGAUGUAGCACAUUAUAAAAUUGUGUAAUAUUUAUUUGCUUCACAUCUAUCCAAUUGAUUCCAAUUGGAUCAUUAAUUUAUAUAUUUUUAGAAAUAAAAUGUCUGUGCACAAUUGUUUGUUUAUAGUUUUCCUA